GUACCGUACGUACGGUAGGUAUUUCGCAACAUCAACAAAUGGAUUUCAGAAGAAGCGAGAUGACUCUCACGAAAGCCAGUCAAAAACGCUCUCGGAGCAGAGACGAAGAUGGGGAAGAUAUUUUACCAAGAACAAAGAGGAGAGAAUAUAACUUUGAAAGGUCUUAUCAGCAUCAAGAAUUACAUGAAAGCCCAGCAGAUGGGGCAGGGGAGCCACACCACUCACAGGCAGCAUCAUCAACGUCUCCCCUAGCAACAAGUCCUCAGGCUGGCAGCACUGCUUGCUACUGUCUUCCGCCCUCACACAACAGUGCCGACAUCACAGCAGCCUUACAUAAUACCCAUCUAGAUAGGCAUGGGUACCACCACCACCACAACCCAUCCCCUUCUCCGCCUCCUCCAUCUACUACCACACCAUCCUUCCAUCAUCAUCAUCAUCAACAGCAGCAUCAUCAUCCUGUUCUCUUGAAGGAUGCGGGCAUCCUCCCGUCCUCCCAGCACCCAUCCCUGGGGCCCCUCCCGGACGUCGUCCACGAGACUUCGGAGACGUGCUACUGUCACGUCAACAGGUUACUCCGCGCGGCCCACUUUGAGAGGUUAAAACGCCUCAAGGAUCCUCGCAUGGCAGAGACCGGUAGUACGAGUGCCUUCAACUAAAUACCGUACCCUCAGGUUGUACCGCAACAUGCUCUAUUCUAUUUGUGACUGGCUAAAUGCAGCAAGGAAAUUUAGAUUUGAAAAAGAUCAUUAGCUGGCAAGGUAGAUAGGUAUAUAGAUGGAAUGAUAGAUAGCGGUAGUAAAAAAAUAAAUGUUUGCAAAUAAGACUUUGCAAAUGAUAGGAUUGUUUAUAUAGCUGAAUUUAGAAAUUACAGAUGGAACAAAUUCAUGUUUACAAUUUAAUGCAAAAUUCCAUAAGCCUGUAUUCUGAACUCAAGUUUGAUUUAAACUCUGGACUAAAAUUGUGGUCAAGCUAUGGAAAGCUAAUUCUGACACUGCUCAACAUCUCACCAUAGCUAAUUAAUUUCUCAUUGCAUUUGAUGCUCAUAUGCUAUCUGAAGUAAUGAGUAAAAUAGUUUUCUUCACCUACCAACAUGGGAAAAGCAACAUAUGAAACAUGCGAUUUUGAUAUUUUUGGCUUCCUACAAUUUUAGCACAGUUAGACCAUGUUCUAUGAAAGUUGAAUUGGUCCUCAGAUUGUGGGCCAUAGUGUUGCAGCCAACAUACAUGUAUAUGAAAAAUAAUAUUUGACCUCUUGGGAUAAAACAAGUGAUGUGCAUAUUGUUUUAUUUAUCACCAGUUAAGACAAAGUUCUGGCUCUUCACCAUACUAGGAAAGGAAAGUUUAUUAAAAUAGUGAUAAUUCAAAA